CAAUCCAGCUACUCGCUGUCAACUGUAACGCGAAAUUCACCUUUUCUUCUAAUAUCCAUUCACGGCUAUUACAUAUCGUCUUGUCGUACUGGUUCUAUUCAGUGGACCGGUAAACCGGCAACUGUUCCUUUUGCCUCUGUCGUGAUACAUGCAGAUUGGAGCAGAUCAGACCCCGUUGUCAAGGAUUGCUAGGAACGCAUCUUAACACAUAAUCUCCCUCGCUUGAUUCCACACGCCGUGUUCAACAAAACUUCCAUGAUGCUCCGAGGCGCAAGACCACUGCUCCGCCUUCAACUUGGGCCGGAAAGGUUACAACGUCCUUCAGCUCGCUUCUCGUCCACUUCCUUGAUCAGGAGCUCCGUCUUCCAAUCACACGGGCGGCCUUCCGUCAUUCUUUCAUCCCAAGUCAGGUCUCCCGGCGGGCUAUCGGCUAAGGCAGCCUAUUCCAAGGGGCCUUACGAUAAGAUCGACUUGGAAGCCGAGAAAGAACUGGCCAAGCAGAAAUUCGAGACCCACGUUGGAGAAGUGUCCUCGACCUCGACUACUCCUUCAGCCUUCGAUAGGACUCCCAAGACGACCACCAGCAGCAAGGCCCAGGACAUCAACGAGGGUCUUCAACAUGAUGUUAAUAUCGUCAAAGAUACAUUCCAGAUGAACGACGUUCCGAAGGCGCCAUAUGCGCUUGGCCUCACCGGCACGUUGCCGUACCUCGCCACGUCCAUUGGAACCGUCUACCUGAGUUGGAACCUAAACACCACUUGGCCUACAGGCUCCGUCCUCCUCGAUCAUAUUCAUAUGAACCACGAAGCCGCCCGACAAUGGCUGGCUCUCCUGGAGCCCAUUCAGUUGAGCUAUGGUGCCAUGUUAAUUUCUUUCCUGGGCGCCGUCCACUGGGGCAUGGAAAUCGUCACCAAAACCUCUUCUCCAUCCCGAACCAAGUUCCGGUACGGCAUGGGCGUCCUUGCUCCGAUCGUGGCCUGGCCCACCCUUCUCAUGCCCGUCGAAGCCGCUCUCACCACGCAGUUCGUCGCCUUCACUGCCCUCUACGGCGCCGAUACCCGCGCCACGACCCGUGGCUGGGCCCCCGCAUGGUACGGCCGCUACCGCUUCAUCCUGACAGCUAUCGUCGGCGUCGCCAUAUUCGUUAGCCUAGUCGGCCGCACCAAGAUUGGCAGUGCCGCCCCACGCCUGGGUGAGAAUCUCUCCGACAACAUGCAUAGGGACAAGUCCGAACCCUAUUCUACCAAAUGGGUCAAGCUUAACGAAGAAGAGAAGGCGAAACAGAAGAAAGCCAAGGAAGAAGAAGAGAAGAAGAAGAAGAAGCAGCAAAACGGCGUGGAUAAGGAAAAGGGUUCGAAAGACGAGGAGGAGGAGAAAUAAUCGACUAUUGAUUUUGUGGGCUCCCGAUCUUGUCUCAUCCGAUCCGGUUGAAGGACCCGAUCUGGAACGCGAUACCUAUCUCACUGAAUGUUCAAAUAAUAAUAAUGAUGAGUGGGACAGCACCUCG